AUUUACACAAUUUAUAAUUAUUUUAAAUAAAUGGAUAGAUUUUUAUAGUUCUUUGAAUACUCGAUGAUAUGUCUUCUUAUAGUAGAUUUGGUACAUUUUUUACAAAAUUACCUAGUACUACUAAAAUGACACUCUCUCUAAUCGGAAUCGCAGCUUUAUCGCACUUUUUUGGCGAUCGCGCCAACAAAAGACUAAAAGAAAAUAAUCUUAAAAAUAAUAUUAAUAUUCUCUCUGGUACUAAAGCUGAUUGGUCUUGCUUCUACCUGGCCAAACAAUAUCACGAAGAAUGUGAUGAUCUCAACAGAGGAAAUGAGUACAUGGAAGGUUUAUGUACUGAUUUGGAAACUAAGUUAAAUAAGUGUAAAGAUGAUCUUUACAAUGAUAUUUCUUCGUUUAAUUCAUAUUACAUGGAACCUCCGGUUAAACUUAUCGACGCUCCUUCUUGGUUUGAAAACAAACACAACUAAUUUCUCACAAUAAUUUUAAUUUUCUUAUUUUUCACA